GCUGAGGCUUUUGCAAACCAAAAAUGUCUGCCUAAGGGAAACUCGUAACUGAUAUAUAUAGAGGAUAUUUCACCCAGGUAUUGCCGUUUAAACCCACAUUUCGCUCUUCCGAGGCGUGUUGCAAGAAAGCGGGUCUUCACCAGAUCACCCUAGUCGGGAUUUUAAUCGGAAAAAAGGUUUCUAGAUCGCCAGGAUGAAUCCUCAGCAGCGGAUUGCCGCUCUCGGAACAGACAAGGAAUUAAGUGACCUGCUGGAUUUCAGUGCGAUGUUCUCUCCACCUGUAAGUGGAGCGAAGAACAGGCCCACCACACUUGGAAGCAGUCAGUUCACUGCGUCAGGUAUGGAUGAGCGGACCAACCAAGCGUCUUGGGCCCCAGGUGGCGAGUCCAGUCCCUCCUAUGAGUCCUCCCGGGGUUUCGCUGACAGCCCUCAUUACGGCGAUCAUUUGAGUGACAGUAGAUUAGUGUCCCAUGAAGGAUUGUCCCCAACACCUUUCAUGAACUCGAACAUAAUGGGUAAAUCGGAGAGGGCUCCGUUUCCCAGCUAUGGGAGGAAUGCUGGAGCACCUAGCUGCCAGUCUUCUUCUGUAAGAUCGGACGUCGCGUUGGCGAGUCCUAGUCCAGUGACUCCAUCAGGGAAGUCAGCUGCUCCUUUCUACUCCUUCACUGCAGCCAAUCCUAGAAGACGUCCUCUGCAAGAUCCUCCAUCUGUCGAUCCUCUACAAACAAAAAAGGUUCGCAAGGUCCCUCCUGGCCUGCCUUCAUCUGUGUACGCACCAUCACCAAACUCAGAAGACUUCAACAGAGAUUCACCUUCUUACUCGUCUCCUAAACCCUCCAGCAGUAUGUUUGCAAGCACUUUCUUUGAUGGUACCCACAGUUCGUCUGACCCUUGGAACUCGUCCAAUGGGAUGAGUCAGCCAGGCUACGGGGGAAUGCUCGCUGGAUCUUCAUCUCACAUGCCACAGUCAGGAAACUACAGCAGCCUGCACUCACACGACCGUUUGAAUUACCCCGCACACUCAGUCUCUCCAGACAUCAAUGCCAGUCUUCCUCCCAUGUCCAGCUUCCACCGAAGCAACACCAGCACUUCGCCAUUCGUCACUGCAGCGCACACCCCGUCUGUCAACACGGCCGAUGGGGUCAUGGCUGCUGCAAAUCGGGGGAACGCCACUGGAAGCUCACAGACUGGAGAUGCACUGGGCAAGGCUUUAGCCUCGAUUUACUCACCUGACCACACUAGCAGUAGUUUUCCAUCCAACCCAUCGACACCUGUGGGUUCUCCUUCACCUCUGACAGCCACAGCAGGUGCUGCCUCAGCAGGUACCGUGGUGACUGCUGCCGGUACCCCGUCUGGAAGGCCAGGUACCAACCAGUGGCCCCGCGCUGGUGGACAGACCCCCUCCUCUCCAAAUUAUGAGAACUCCCUUCACUCACUGUCGCGAAUGGAGGAUCGUCUGGACAGACUGGAUGAUGCAAUCCUUGUUCUGAGGAACCAUGCAGUGGGCUCCACCGCCAGUCUGCCCAGCGACAUACACACUCUGCUGGGACAGGCACAAAAUGGGCCAAUAGCAGCCCUUGGAGCAAACUUCCCCGCCUCUGCAUUGGUCCCAAGUCGGACAGCAGCGAUGCAGGGUGGUGCCCACACUGACGAUGCUGCCAGCCUGAACAAUAACCACGGAGGCCUGCCCAGUGCCGGCUCCACGUCCAGCACAGAACUCAACCACCAGGUGGAAACGUUCAGAGGUCUUGCUUCAGCCCUGGCUGGCCAGGUGCCCGCCACACUGGAGCUGAAGGUGGAGAAACAAGACAAGGAUGAAAUGAAUGACAACCUCUCCAAUGAUGACAAGUCAGAUGACGAGAGCGACAGAAGAGAUAUGAGAACACCCAGAGCAGGCACACGCACAAGUUCUUUCUCCCACAGUAUCACUGAAGACGAGGACCUGAACCCAGAGCAGAAGGCUGAGCGUGAGCGUGAAAGGAGGAUGGCUAACAACGCCCGUGAACGCCUAAGGGUGCGAGACAUCAACGAGGCCUUCAAGGAGCUUGGUCGCAUGUGCCAGCUGCACCUGAAAAGCGAGAAGCCCCAGACUAAACUGCUCAUCCUCCAUCAGGCUGUGGCCGUCAUACUCAACCUGGAGCAGCAAGUCAGAGAGCGGAAUCUGAACCCCAAAGCAGCCUGCCUUAAGAGGAGGGAGGAGGAGAAAGUGUCUGGGGGCUCCGGUGACGCCCAACAAGCCCACACGGGGGUCCAUCCAGGCCUGACUGACACAUCUAACCCCAUGGGCCAUCUCUGAGUAGUAGAUCAAAAUGAUCCACAUCAUUUCUGUCCCGUUUGAGUCGGUGACCUUGCUUCCCAGUGACAGACAGGACUCACAGUUUGUGACACCAAUCGGAGGAGACAGACCACUUGAAGCAAAACUACGAGACUAACACAAUCCAAUCCUAAAAGAUUGAAGAGGAGCAAAGUGUCCAGCUCCCUGUGACCAGUUUCCAUCUGCAAAUUACUCCCCACAAUGAAAAAAAAAUCUUCAGCACAUAUCACUGUCUGCAAGAAGUGUUGUUGCUUCUGAACAAUCAGAGACUUCGCAAUCUCCUCCAACCGUACGUGGAAAUUGCCUUGUGCCUAAACUGAAUUGACGAAUGCAUUGUAACAGCAAUUGUUUUGUUUUCUUGUCUGUUUCUUUUUUUCCUAUUUAUUAUGUUAUUGAGCUAUAAAGUGUAUGUCUAAAGGGAAAGUUGAGUAAAUUCAAAGAGAAGUAUGCAGCUUUUCAGUCGAUCUAUAGUUUGCCAGUGUCACCGUUAAAACUGAGAACUCCCUGGUAAUUCUUCGCUGAGUCCGAGAUGGAGGGGAGAAGAUUAAUUUAUUGGCCAGUGUAGAGUGAUAUUUAUACCCAACUGAAAAUGAUCAUUAGCUGUUAGAAAUGAAGAUGCGAGUGCCCCAUUUAAAAAUGAAAAAGAGGAUAUAUUAUUUAUAUUUAUAUUUAAUUCAGCCACUGACCACGUGUAACCAAAACUACCUAUGUGUUUGUUUCUGUGUAGUUUAGAUCUGUGCUUCUGACGAGCAGAAUAAUACUGUCGGCCCGACUACAUUAGCGUCAAAGAUAUUGUCUGCAGAGGUGACAGACGAACGGCAAACUCUAGGUUUACUGAAAGCUCAGAUGUAGUUGUGUUUUUUUUUUUUCCUCAGUAGUGAGCAGUGAAAAUACAGAGAGCAAACUAUUUGCAAACCUUAGCAUUCCCUGCAUAUUUUUAGUGUCUUAACUGAAGGAACAGGGGACUUCAUUGCCCUUCCCUUUGCCAUAUAGUGUUAAAUGUAAGCAGUGACAUAUUUUUGCAGAUUCCUGUCUUUGUUUAGCCUCCUGACAGUUACACGCUCCUGACGUCAGCACAGAAGUGGCUUGUUUUGGUUUUAUUUUAUGGUCCUUUUUCCCGCCACCAGCUAAUCAGAGAUCGCUUGAUUAAGACAUAGUUUAAAGACGACGACGAUGACCACACUUUCUCCUGGCCUGAUGAACACAUCACUUCAUUUUCUUUUCUGUUAAUAUCUCAAGACGUGAAAUUUCAAACGCAGUUAUUCUGAGUAAAAUUUUUUAGUUAUGCUUAUUUGUGUUAUAACAGGUAAUUUUCUUUAGGCUUCCAGCAUUAUAAUGUCCAGUUACAGUCAGCGGAGAGGAACCUCUAAGUUAUUUUUCAAUAAUGUUUUCAAUCCAAGCCGUGAUAUACUCAAUACAAUAAGCCAGAGUAGAUAUGUCAUGAAUUUUGUUGAAUAUCAUAGAACUGUAGCACAAUAAUGAACAAAAGCAGUUAACAGGAUUUUCUUUUAUGUUUCGAGACAUUGUUCAUGGCUUUAUUUUGUUUUCCCUAUCAGUGUGCAUGCUUUACGUUUGUCUUUGGUCUUAAGACUUGCUUUAUAUUCCAUUUAUUUCUUUGUAUAUUGUCUUCUGUCAUUAUCUACACCUUAAACAAGGCUGCCACAUUCAGAAUAACUAUUCUGUACAAAAAGGGACUUAAAUUACAAGACAUGAUGCCACACCAAGAGUUUACAUUGAAGUUUUUUGAUUUAAAAACUUUGUUUUUGUGGGGGGAAAAAAAACCUUGAGCAUUUCUGUGUAUUCUCUGACUGAAUGUGGCCUUGUUCUUUAUUUCAGUAUUCAUGAGUUUGUAUUCAUGUUGGCAGACUUUGAUUGAGGGUAUAAUGUAUGUCACUUCCUGCUCUUUUUUAUUUUAUUUUUCCUGUUCUUCCUAUAUUUCUUUGCUCCUCUGUUUGCCAAGUUAGACUUUGCUGUAAUCCCAGAUGCUUUCCCUUGUAUAAUAUAUGAGAAAAAAAAAGAAAAUCAAAAGGAAAAAAAAACAUUUGGCUUAUUUUUCACUGUAGUUAGUCUUUUAUACAAUAAUACUGUAAGAAUAUUUCUUGAAUUCUAAAUAUUACUCUUUCUAGAUUUUUGAAAGCAAAAGUUUUGAGUAAAAAGUUUCUUACUUUAUUUUACUAUAUUAGAUAGUAAAACGUACGGUUAUUUACAAUAGCCUGUCCAUUAUUACAAUAAAUUUAAAAAUGGCAUCUCAAGAACAUAGCUGAAUUGUUGCUCGUAGCGCUAGUACUUCAAAAGGCUUCGUACGAGCUCCAGAUUCCUAAAACUUUGACCUCCAUCUUAUUCUCCAGUCUCUCGUUGUUGAUUGAUAAACAAUUUGUUCUUGUGUCAAACGAAAAGGUAUUGUCGAUGCACAUCAAAAAAGAAACAAACAAAAAAAACGACUGCGGCAACGAGCAUUUGAAUUUUCUGUCUUUUUCAACAGAAAAACACAAUGUAUAUAACAUUUAUGUUGCAAUAAAUGUGCCAUCUUUUUUUAAAAUCAAUUGUAUGUGCAUUUAUUUCUCUCACCCAGCAAACACAUCUGUUUCUGUUUCUGCUCCACAUUUGCAUUUUCUGCUCUCCAUAAAGUUUUAUUUUAUGAAAAGGCACAGGAAGGAUGAAAUAGGACGAGCUCAGAAACACGGUGGUUAAUUUAGACUUCCUUAUUGUUUUUUUGUUUUUUUAAGACAUUUCUACAGUGGAUUUAGGCCAAAUGAGUGUUUUAUAGUAUGUAACUCAUUUUUGAAAAUAAUACCAGUGGACCAUUGUAGUCUGUAUGAAAAGUACUAUGGAUAUAUGUUUCUAUUUUUAAUAAAGUGUGAUAGCAGCGUA